GAGGCCGCCGCCGCCGACUUCCGCCGCCGCCUGUUCCCCGACCAAAACACACACGCACACGUACUUCCGGUACUGUCGCCACGUCACGGCCCGCACGCGGCGCACGCUUCCGGAUCGCCUGCAAGUCACGUGACCCAUUGCUCCCUUUUCUUCCUCCUCCAUUUUUUUUCCCCCUCCUUAAUGAAAGCGCUGAGGGUGUUUGGGUGCUGAUGCCUCCUGUUCCUUCUCAGGAGAUAGGCUUUCGCAUCGAGCAGGCAUCUUCUUCCUCUCCUCUAGGAGCCACAUAUAUUUUAAAUUAGAGUGGGGCUUAGUAUUGUGAGAGUGCUGACACUGAAGAUGGCAGGAUGUGAAGGCAGAAUAAGCCUUGAUUGCUAGUAAUACAUGUAGACACUGAGUGAUACAUCUUGUUCAAGAGGCUGUUAGGCAUCCAUCGUUGAUGUUUUGUGUUACUAGUGUGUUUGAAGCUCUCACAAUCCUGCAUAACUUUUUGAUGUGUAUGGAAUUGCAGAAUGUCCUGAAUUGGAAGGGAUCACUGUGGAUCAUCAAGUUAAACUCCUGCCUCCACACAGGACCACCCAAAAUUCAAACUCUGUGCCUGAGAGCUUUGUCCAAACACUCCAUGAACACCAGCAGGCUUGGGUCAUGACUACUGCCUUGGGGAGACUAAGGAAGAAUGUUGAAAGAUUAGAGGGAGCUUCAGGGGAGACCUGUAAGAAUGGCUGUAAAGGCUUGAAAACUUGUCUCAUAGAGGAAGAGGUGAAGAUGUGCUGAACCUCACAAGUGACCGUAUCAAUCACUUGGUCCCACGUGUGGGACUAAGAAGUGAGCUGUUUAGGAAACAAAAGGGUGACAGUAAAUAUUUCUUCAAUCUAGCAGAUGCAUCAAGGUUUUGUAGUUGGCAUUUGAAAGAAAUCAAAAGCAAAGCAUACAGGAAAUUAUACAAGUUCAUAAUUCAUGAUGUUUAAUCAUUUGUACAAUUUCAUGAAGGUUGUUUAGAAAAUCCAUCACUGGACAUACUGAAUCAAAAUUAAGUGGUGUUUUCCUCUCAAACUAUGCUUUAGUUGGAACACGUGAGAAAGAGUUGUUUUCAUCCUAGCCAGAGCCAGUACAGAAAUGAACAGUUUUGGAGGAAAAAUAUACUAAGAAAGCAGCUGGUGAGGCAUCACCCUCUUUCACAAAUAAACUACCAAUGGAGAACAGUUUUAAAAGCAGAUUUGCAGUCUAAAGAGGUUCAGGAUCUGCUUCUAAGAGUUGUGUUGAAGAUAGUUCCAAGAAGGACAGAUAUUGCUAGGCAAGUUUGAUACUUGUGUUAGUGUUCUCCCGAGGAGCUGAGACCAGGAGGCCAUCAGUGUGCGCUGGCUGCGAGGGAGGUGUGGCAGAAGCUGGUGGUGCCACCCAAGGCCACAACCGUUACCAGGCCAGCGGUUAAACCACCCCUCUUGCACCAUGGCGGGUCCACCACGGCCUGUCUACCAGGGGAGUUUCAUGGACAGAUUUCCCCACAUCUUGGCUGCUGGGAAGUUGUUUCCAACUGGUGAUACAGCUGCACAUUGCCUCACUGAAGCUUUACCCAGGCCUGUCACUCCAGCUAUUGUGAAAAAGUUUCGAAAUACGACAAAUCCAGCUCCUGGUGCUAAAAGAAUAUUCUAUGGCAAAGCGGAUGAUCCUGAUGUUGCAGCUCACUUGACACACGGCAUAACAUCAGGUUCUUCAGUUGCUGUAGCUUCAUUAGUAAAUCCACUUCCAAAAACUAAUUUUCAACAAAAAAUACAAGACAGAAAAGAAGCAAUCUACUUUAGUAAUCGCGAAGCACCUUUGGGCAGGUCACAUGAUCAAUCUUCUAUGUUACCCGAGGGCUUGGAUGUAACCAAUACCACAUUUGGAACAAAAACUGUCCAAGAUAUAUCAGCUGGAGAGCUUGUAAAUCCUCCAAAAACUUUUGCGGAAGUAGACAAAGAAGCCAGAGAAGGACAUGAUUUAUAUGUUGUGUCACACAAUGAUUAUUAUGCUGGAGAAGCAAUAAAUAGGAAGUAUGACUCACCAAACUUCAACAAGUCUUAUGUAUAUGGAAUAGAAACCCCUCACUUUGAAGAUGGACGGAAUGUAUCCAAAUCCUUAAAUUGGCUCUACGAUUGGCAAAUGAAAAGAGCAGCAAAGACUGUGUCCAAAAGAAUUGAUGAUUUCAAGGAAAAAUUUCAGCCUCAGAUUGGAAAAGUCCUUGAUCCUAUAGCAGAAACAAUGAAUGUUCCUGCAGACCAUACCUUUGGAAUGUUACUCCGUCCAGAUGAAUGUGGUGUUGGAGAUCUUCUUCACUGUAGGGUUCCAAGUGAGUUCCUCCGUGGCAAAGACAGAGAGAGAGCUGUCUUAGCUGCAGUUCGGCAAAGUUUGAAGAAAGCUAACUAUGAAAAUUUUGACAUGUUACUAGAAGCAUUCAGGCAUUAUGAUAAGGAUGGUGAUGGGAUGAUAGACAAAAACGACCUGAGAAAGUCCUGUUUUCAACUUAAUCUGAAUCUAGAUAGUGAGCUCUUGGAUUCCUUAUUUGACUAUUGUGAUGUGGAUAAAGAUGGUCUCAUUAAUUAUCAGGAUUUUGCAAAAUUUCUGAACUGGAAAGACAAAAUGGCUGUAGAAGAGUUUGAAGAAAAAGUAAUCACAAAAGGGAAAGAACUAGAUGGUCCUCCUCAGUCGGACACAAAGACAGAUGAUGAGCCACUAUUGAAGCAAGAAGAUUGUGUGUUAAGAGAAGCAGAAAGCUCAGGAAAGACACCAAAAACGCUUACAAGACCAACAGACAGUGUAUUUGCAGACUAUCAAACAACUUCUUCCCAGUAUAAUGCUGUAGUAGGUGGUCUUCCAACAAACUAUUAUCCAGUAUGUGGCGUUCCAACUAUUCGUUCAGAUAUUCCAGCUCCUCGAAUUCGCCGCAUUAGUGACAGAACUAAUUAUGGUGAUGAGGCCAAUGCUUAUGCAUUGUUGUUCCCUUCUGUCUUCAGUCAAAAGGGAGUGUAUGAAGGAGACUUCUUUAAAUCAAGACCAAAGGCAGAGGUAGCACAAAUUCUUCAAAACAUUGGUGUGAACAUUUCUGAUGAAAGAUUUGAAGACAUCUGGAAACAAGCCUGUAUGAAACAACAAAAAGAAGAGGUUUGUGUAGAAAGUAUAAGGAAUGUACUUGAUGAGAUGCAUGCAUCACACACAAAAAGUUCCUAAAUCCAGUCUUUGAGCUCUGCAUUUAUUCAAAUUGACAUCAGUCAUAAUUCUGGUGCUUUAUGCAAUAAAUAUUUUUUGAAAGCUGUGCCUACCUAA